AUGGUCUCAAAUUUGUUGCUGUGUUUACUGGCUGUUUGUAUAACUUCUGGUUUUGCGGCGGCUACCGGGUCAGUUUGGAAAAUUUGACUUCGACUGUAAAAUUUUGAGAAAUGGUAGGAAUAUCACGGAAAAUGUGAUGUUUGAAAAAUAAUUCAAGGAAAAUCGUUGAUUUCGUUGGUUUAAAUGAUAUGUAGAGUGCAAUGAAAAAAAUUUAAAUUCGCAGAUUUUAAAAAAUAAAUAUCUUUAGUUCAUUUAAAUCUAAAAUUUUGGAAUUUGUGGUUCCAAACAAGACUUCUUUCAUUUUUUUAAAUUGAUAGUUCAGGCCCAGCUAUUUUUUGAUAUAUAUGAACUUCUGCUUCCAAAAGCAAAAGAGGACUUUUUUGAUCAUUUCAAUCAUUUAAAUUUUUUUGAGAAUUUGUAGGUACAGAACUCUUAAAUGACUGAAAUAUCUCUAAAAACGGCUCUUCUCUUCGAAACCUUUUAAAAAGUUAGCUAUGCUCCUUUAAACAUCUUAGCCGGGAUUUUUAAAAAAAAUGAAUAGAAAUUUUGAUUUUUUCCUCCUAAAAUGAAUUCGACAAUAUGAAGUCAAGAUUAUUCAGUGCUUCUCCAAAAACGGGCCCCUGCAUUCUCAAUGACAAUGGCAUGAACUGCACCAGCCAAGGUUUUUGGACAGGAUCAUCAUUGAAAAUGACGAAUAUUUCCAGGAUAUUACGAGACGGUCCAGUGUAAAAAUGGCCAGUGUUUCUGUGUGACGGCCCACACUGGCUGGGUCGCCUACGACACGACUACGAACAGUGAAAAAGUCGCUCCGAAAUGUGGAAGUUGGUAUUUUUUUUCAUGGAAUUGGAGCGAAAAAAUAUAGCCUAUUUACUACUAGCUUGAUACAUGUCUGUCUGCGCUCUCCAUCAACUAGGCACUAUUUUUUUUAUCGUGUCAGGACCAUUUUUUCGAUGGCUCAUGCCAGCCGUGAGUCGGUUAUGUUUAUAGUUCUGUAAUAUAUAUUAUUGUCUCGUAGAACUGACUGAUUCUUUAUUAGAUUCACUUUUAAAUUCAUGAAAAAAAAUUCUGAGUCUUUCUUGUAGUUUGUUUUUUUUUUUGAAAAAUCGACGAAAUUUUCAUAGUAUCUACUUGAAACUUGAACUUUUCCAGGUUGCCUGCUUGAACUCCAAAAAACGUUCGCCAAAGGCGAUCCUCCAGUCAACAUGCACAUCGCGAAAUGCGAGCUUGGAAAAGGUAAUUUUUGCGAUUUUACGAAAAAAAAAAGGAUAGCUAUAGAUAGGUUGAACUAGAGAAAACGAAGAGAAUGAAAAAUUGAUUAUUUUUGGACAGGGAACUGUGUAUGUCAAAAUCCAUUCAAAAUUAAUUGUUACUUCGAAUUUUUUGACGAAAAAAUGAAAUAGAGCUGUAUGAAAAUAUUGAAAAAUAACUCAAAAGCAGCAAAAUAGGUUUAUAAAAAUCAAGGUGAAGUGCUCGUACUCACUGGGAAAAAACUUAGUGACCCUUCUAGGGGAGGAAUGUCACUAGUCAGACUGGACACUAGACUGGGCGUUUCGAACUCCGUUUAGUGGCCAUUCUGGAAAAUAAUACUGGCUACAAGAAGGAGCCGACCAUAAGAACGUACGUACUCCUUGUAGUAGGUAUUUGGGAGAAACGUAAGAAAUCUUGUAGUAGGCCCUUGGAGGACUUUUUUAAGAAUUUUCUCGGUCAGAUAGUUUCUCACUAUACCGAUAGCUUAGAAAAAAGAUUGAGGAAAAAAUGAAUAUUUAUUAUUUUUGAGAAAAGAGGAUGUGCCGAGUAGGAAAAUGAAGGAAUGAAGCCGUCGUCCUUUUAGAAUGGUGUCAGUAACGCAAUUUGGGUGUUUGAUGAUCAUAUGUGAUAACUUUUCUCCUGGGGUUUCUUAAUGAAGAAAAAAAAGCGAAAAAUAAUAAAAAACCACUGCGAAGCGUAUCUCUUCCAGGAAACUACGAGCCUUUACAAUGCGACACGAAAAAAGAAGAGUGUUAUUGUGUGGACGAAUCAACUGGAAAGGAAAAGCCAGGGACCCGAAAGCCGCUGAAAAACAGCGAAAAAAUGAUGUGCAAUCAAAUCGGUUUGUCUUUUUUUUAAAAAAUAAGUAUUUUCUUAGAAUUUUCAAUCGACGCCGCGGAAUUCCCGACUUUUGACAAGGACGCCGUUGCUCCGGAUAACGUUGGCCAGGAAAUUUGCAAGCCAAACCGGGAUCGCGGAAGGAAAUGCUCCGAGAAGAAGCCGUCGAUCAAGGUCAAAUAGUUCAAUAAAUAAUUUUCAGCUCUAGAAAAGUCUUGUGAACUUCUAGAAAAAUCUGGUCGCAUUGGGAAAGGCUCAAUACAUGGCUGUAUGCAAAUUUUGGCCUAAGAUGUUUCAUGCCAGCGCGCGGAAGUCGCUACUUGUCGGGUGCUUUUUGAAGUGACCUCCUUGCAGUUUUUUCAGCUAAGCCAUUCUCAGUGCGACCAGUACUACUCACCGACGAGUUUUGAUUUUUUUUGACUUUUCAAAAAAAAAAAACCACAAUGGAAAUCUUUGGAAUCCUUCUAAACCAUACAGUUUUUCAGUGGUUCUUCGACAAGAAGUCCUUUACCUGCCUCGCUUUCGAGCACCUGGGCUGCGGAGGCAAUUCCAAUGUUUUCGAUACAAAGGACCAGUGCAUGAGCUCCUGCGUUAUGGGUUAUUUUCACUUUCAUUCGAAAAAUAUCACUUCUAAAAUGAGAAGACACAAAGUCCAUAAAAAAAUGUUUUUUUGAGCUUCAGUUGUUCAAAAAAAUCUUUAAUGAUUUUUAAAAAGGGUAUAAGAUUUUUUUUUCAAAACUAGUUUCAUGCUUUUUCCACAUCUCUCUCGGAGUUUUUCGAACAGAAAGUUGAGAAAAAGAAAUUUUGAAAAAGCUCAAUUAUAUUAUUGAACUUAGUGAAUUAGUUUUUUCUUGGAAAGCUUCAAACAGAAACAAAAUGUAUAGAAAAGCUUUGAACAAAUUUUGGAUGACUUUUUCUGACCUACAUUUUUUCCAUCUUCGAUACUUAGGAAAUAACAUUAUUGUUCCUAUAAUUUUUUAAAGGGAUUUUCAUAGAAAAAACAAAGAUUUUCAGCGGAUUACAUGUCUUGUGGCCUUCAAACUCCACCAGCUAUGCAGUCCAACGGACAAAUUUACAGUUGCGGAGGACCCGUUUUGAGUAAGUUUCUUUCAGGAAAAAUAUCUUUUCAAAAUACUUUUUUUUCGAAAAGUACAUAUCUCCGAGCUAUACCUUCAGAAAAAAUUUGGCUAGAAAGUCGAAAUUUUUAGGGCAACCGUUAUCUUUCUAAUUACAUAAGAAGCGCAUUCAAGCUUGUUCGAAAAAAAUUCGAAAAAAAUCAUCUUUUUCUGCUAUUUAGCAUUUCUCAGAGGUGUCUUCAAGCUUUUCCUAUGUCGAUUUUGAAAAUUAAAAAAAUUAAAUCUUCUCUUCAUCAGAAUAUUUUUGACUUUAACUCGAUGAAGAGAUUCUAUCACUGAAUUUUUUUCGAUUCUUUUUUUCCAGUGGCCCUUCCCGGAGCCCCAACAACUCCGAAACCGAUCGGACCAGCGCUGGACGAAGAUGGAUGCCCUAAAGGGUACACUUGCCAGCGAGGCGCCUUUUUCGGCUUCUGUUGCAAUAUCAAGGAUAACGGUGAGAAAAGUUCUUCUUGGAAAAAUAUUGGUGAGGCUUUUACGAGGUUAACGAAAUAGAACGCAAAAGACUCAAAAUGUGAAAUUCCAUUAAAACUUGCACAGAUUGGCAAAAUGUAGAGUAAAAGUAAAAGUCUAGAGAUCUCAAAAAUUUCAUUCACCUUUACUUUUACAGAAAAAUCGUCCGAGGCUUGGAGUCCCAAAUGCAAAAACGGGAAGACGCCCAAGUACACCGUAAACAGCGAUUUCCAGGAGACGUUCUUCGGGAAAUAUUGCUCCGAUAAUUUCUGUCCCAAUGACCAUACGUGUGAAAGCAAUCUCUUGUUCGCUUAUUGCUGUCCAAAAGCUUAAUUUUCCUCUAAAAUUUAUUGUUUUUUGUUUGUAAAAAGAAUAAAAUUUAUGAAAGAGGUAGACUAGCUUUAGUUAAUCUUUAUUUGCCAAUUUUUCGAAUCUUUCUUAUCCAUUUUUUUGAAUGGUUAAAUGCGUCGCGGUCGCUAUCUUUUUAACCGCGACGCAGCCGCCACGCAUUGAGCCAUUCCAAGCUCCUUUUAACGUGUCUACUACAAGUGAUUGUUUUAAUUUUUCGAAACAUAAAGAUUGAGAUCCCUUAUAACUUUGCGGUUUCAACUUUGUUUUCAGAGUAAAAUUCCGAUGAGAAUUGACUGAUGAGGUGCUCUGGACUUCGCUUAUGAUUUUUUUCACAAUAAAUUGUUUUUUUAGCGUUUUUCUAGAAGUUUCUCACCAAGGUUGUAAUAUUCAUGAGAAACCGGAGAAUCAUCUAUAGUAUCACAGGCUCACGGAAUAAAAUCACAAUAUUCAUUAUACCAUCUAUUUUUUUCUGAACAUUUAAGGCCGAAAUGAGGGGUACACUUCGAAAAAAUUCAUCCAGCUUCCAAAAAAAAGAUGCUGCAGUUUUUCUCAAGUAUAGUCUUUUCAAAAAAACCUCAUCGGAUUGAUUAUAGGAGGAGGGACACAAUUUAUAAAAAGAGCCGUUUCACUUCACUCAACAUAAUUGCCGAUAUCGCAGCGGGCCGCACGCGAUAUAGCCAAGGCUUUUUCGCUGCGAUCUCGUCGAAGUCUCGCUGCCAUAUCGCUCCCUCUCAAAAAUUUGAAAUUUGAAAAAAACAUUUUUGCUUUAUUUUUUUGACUUUUAUGAUGAAAUCAAUCAAAUUCAAGAAAAAAACAUUUUUUUGAAGAAAAAAAUUUUUUUCAGUGAGCGAUAUAGCGCAAGACGUUUGCGAGGUCGCAGCGAGAGGCGAGCGAUAUCGCUCGCGGCUCCCCCGCGGUAUAGCGUUACUCUCGCUGCGAUAUAGUCCACAAAAUGGGUGUUGUGCGCCAUAAAAAAAACCUCAGCAAGAAUAUUUGAAUCUUUUACAACUUUUCUGAAACCAAAUCCAACUUUCUCACUACAUUUUAGUCGAUUCAGUUGCUUCAAGGAACCACAACAAUUACACCAGAAAGUAGAACGUUUUUUUUUUUCGAAAACUUCGACCCAAACGAAAAGAAUCGGGGCUGACAGGUCAAUUACUAUCGACCAGACGAAAAUUUCUUCAAGCAAUUCAAGUUUUCCGCCAAGUUUUAUCAAUCAUUUCGAUUUUUCUACUCAGUUAUGUCUUUUUUGAACCUCCUAAUACUUCUAUUCUCUAUCAUUUUUUUGUGAACUGUGAAGAAAGGUAACUAUUUUUAUCUUGAUUAAAUUAUUUUUUUGAACUUUCAGUGAUGGACCUUGUGUUGGGAAUCAAAAUGACAUGACUUGUGAUACUUUUGGUGAGUUUUUGAUAUUUUGCUAGAGGGUAAUAAAACCUUUUUUCUAGGAUAUUACAAUCCCAAUUCAGUGUAAACAUGGCGAUUGCUAUUGUGUGACGGUUCACACAGGAUUAAUAGCAUAUGACACAACAAGCCGAAAUAAAUCGCCAAAGUGUGGAAGUGAGUGAAAUUAAUAAUUUGAAACGAUUUAAAAGAUUAAAAUCUUCGAAAAAGAAAUACCUUAGAUUUUUGAGUGAAGAAAGGUUUCCCCUUUGGAGUGAAAAAAGUCCUUGUAUCUGAAAAAAAAAAAAUUGAAGUUUAAGAAGGACGAACAAGAUCUUAUUUAAAGACGAUAUAAUUUUGAAAGGAAAAUAAUUUUCGAAAAAAUUAAAAUUAAAACUUUGAGAAAUUGGUGUUAGCAUAAAUUAACUUCAAACAGAAGAUUAGAAUUGAGAAAGUUUUAAAUUUAAAAAAAAAAAAAAAAAGUCUUCGUAAAACGAGAAUAUGAGCCAGAAUAUUCUCAAUGGCGCGCUGUUUCUCAACAUUUUUUUCAGAUUUUUUCUCUUUUUUUCGUUUUAAAAUAUAUUCUUUUUAUUUAUAGUCAAAAUUUUGACUAUAUCCAGUGCUGGCAUUGAAACUUGUUUGAUCCUGAGUUUCUUUAAAGUUUUGAACAAAGUUCUAAACUAGCUUUAAACUCCUAAAACCUUGGUUCAGAUUGUUUGAUCGAACUACAAAGGAUUUUCGCUGCUGGAGACCCUCCUCCAAACGUCUUUAUUCCAAAAUGCGAUGUUGGAUUAGGUAAUAUCUUUUUUUCUACUCUUCUGAAGAAACAGUUUUUUUGAGGUGAUUAUGAGCCUUUGCAAUGCGAUGCCCACAAAAAUGAGUGCUUUUGCGUGGACACCAAAACUGGAAAAGAAAUUGAAAGGUCAAGGGAACGGAGAAGAGAUCGACAAUUUAAUAAAAAUGCGGCGGAAAUGGUGAUUUUCAUCUUUUUAGUAAAUUCAAGGAUAGGUCUUUAGGCUACACCACGGAUCCCUCAGCCUUCCCAACGAUUGACAAAAUCGGAAGAAGGAAGAAUAAAUUGUCAUUAGGUCUCCCAGUUUGUCAGUUGGACAGAAGUAAAGGCUAUCGAUGUGCGGAAAGGAAGCCUGGGGUUAAGGUAACUUCUAAAUUUUAUCAACUUUUGAAAAAUUCUUGCUGGGAAGUUUAAAAAAGAAUAUGCGAACUUUACAUUUAAAAAAUGCGCCAUCUAAAACCUCAGGAAAAAUUUUUUGAAGGUUGUUAAGAAAAUUAAAAUUUUUUCAGUACUUUUUCGACCAACAAACGGCUACUUGCCUCGCUUUUGAACAUCUGGGCUGUGGCGGCAAUUUGAAUUCAUUCAACACGAAGCGAGAUUGCGUGACGAUGUGUCGUCUAGGUAUUGAACGGAAUCGUUGAAAAGCUCAAAUUUUUUUGGAGCUCUGAGGUCCGAUUAUCCCAGCAGGAAAAUCAUCAAAACUUUCCAAAAUUCUCUAAAAUAAAAAUAAUCUUUCUGCUCAUCCAUAACCGUAGUUCAAAGACGAAAGAUCAAUCCAAUAAAACAAGGGUUUUCCGCACGGUUUUGUAUUUUUUUCGCAACGUGAACAUCUAAGAAUCGCUUUUCCAACUGUGUUUACCACGGUACGCAUUCAAAGUUUUCCGAAUUCAAAUAUUCCUGUGGUAAUUUCAGUUUCAAAAAUUCAGCGGAUUAUUUCGCUUGCGGACUUCAAUCCGAGCCGGCUCUUCAGUCCUCCGGCGAAGUUCUCUCCUGCGGGCCCAAACUUCAAAGUUAAAUUCGCUCCAAUGCCAAUAAGCUCGAUUGAUUUCAGUUUCGGAGCUGAUAGAAAUUCCUGACUCCUCAUUUUCCGGUCCGAUUCUUCAAGACGGCUGUCCAACCGGCUACAAAUGUUUUAGAGCUCCUUUCAUGUCUUUUUGCUGUAAUAUUAAAGAUUCUGGUGAUUGGAAGAUUCUUUGAAUGUAUCAAGUUCUUGGUUCAGAAAAAUCCCGAGAAGGCUGGUCGGUGAAAUGUGGCAAUGGGAAAAAUGCCAAGUCGAGUCGGGAGCAUGGAUACGACGAAUUUCUGCUCGGAAAGUCGUGUCUGGACGAUUUCUGUCCUAAAGAUCACACUUGCGAAGACAAUUUUCUGUUCGCUUUUUGUUGUCCGAAGUAG